AUGGUCACUCAAACUGUCAACAAGACAAAUCUCCACCCGUCUGGCGUUGCGCCGAACGUGGAACACACGGAGAUUGAAGAAGCACUUCAUGACAAGGCACACAUUGACUAUGACCGUGUAGCUAUCAUUGCCAACCCUUCAGUUGCCGCUCUUUACGAGGACGCGCUCGUAUACGAGACUGGCUCGGCUAUCACAGCAUCGGGUGCUCUCUCCGCAUACUCAGGAGCUAAGACGGGCCGCUCGCCCUCGGAUAAGCGUAUCGUCGAGGAAGACUCGUCGAAAAACGAUGUCUGGUGGGGCCCAGUGAACAAGCCGAUGAAAACCGACGUCUGGCGCAUCAACCGUGAACGUGCCAUUGACUACCUCAACACUAGGAAGCGCAUCUAUGUCGUCGAUGGCUUCGCUGGCUGGGAUGUCCGCUACCGGAUACGCGUACGAGUCGUUUGCGCUCGCGCGUACCAUGCCCUCUUCAUGCGCAACAUGUUGAUCCGACCUUCAAAGGAGGAGCUUGAGCAUUUCAAGCCUGAUUACACUAUUUACAAUGCUGGUGCUUUCCCUGCCAACAGGUACACUAGUGGUAUGACAUCGUCGACAUCGGUUGCCCUCAACUUUGCCGACAAGGAGAUGGUUAUCCUCGGCACUGAAUACGCUGGUGAAAUGAAAAAAGGAAUUUUCACCGUGCUUUACUACGAGAUGCCUGUCAAGCACAACGUCCUCACACUACACUCCUCAGCCAACGAGGGUCAGAGCGGAGACGUUACCGUAUUCUUCGGUCUCUCUGGAACUGGAAAGACUACCUUGUCUGCCGACCCCAAGCGUGCCCUGAUCGGAGACGACGAGCACUGCUGGAGCGACACUGGUAUCUUCAACAUCGAGGGUGGCUGCUACGCCAAGUGCAUUGGCCUGUCUGCCGAGAAGGAGCCGGAUAUCUUCGGUGCCAUCCGCUUCGGCUCCAUCCUUGAGAACGUCGUCUUCGACCCCGUGACCCGCCAGGUAGACUACGAUGACGACACUUUGACCGAGAACACCCGCUGCGCCUACCCCAUCGAGUACAUUGAGAACACCAAGAUUCCUUGCAUCUCAGAGAACCACCCCAGUAACAUCAUCCUCCUCACCUGCGACGCACGUGGUGUUCUUCCUCCCAUCUCCAAGCUUAGCCCCGAGCAGACCAUGUACCACUUCAUCUCUGGUUACACAUCCAAGAUGGCCGGUACCGAGCAGGGUGUCACCGAACCCCAGGCCACUUUCUCGUCUUGCUUCGCACAGCCCUUCCUUGCUCUUCACCCCAUGCGCUACGCCAAGAUGCUUGCGGAGAAGAUCAAGGAGCACAAUGCCAACGCCUGGCUUCUCAACACCGGUUGGGUAGGCGCUGGCGCGACUACUGGUGGCAAGCGAUGCCCGCUGAAGUACACCCGCGCCAUCCUCGACGCCAUCCAUUCGGGCGAGCUCGCAAAGGUCGAAUACGAAACCUACGAGACUUUCGGUCUCUCCGUCCCCAAGACCUGCCCCAACGUCCCCGACGAGUUGCUCAACCCCGCAAAGUCGUGGAACGGCACCGCCGACUUCAAGGGCGAAGUCGAAAAGCUCGGCAAGCUCUUCAUGGAGAACUUCAAGAAGUACGAGGAUCAAGCCACCAAAGAUGUUAUUGAGAGUGGCCCACACGUAUGCUGCUGCCCCAAGCACUAAACAGACUGUGCUGUUGCUACUUUCCUUGAUCGGAAAGUUUGAGAUUGGUGGUUUUUAUUCUUACUUUUUUUACAGACUGAGUGAGCGUCUUUGGUUCCUGAGUAUAUCCCCUUUUUGCUGCGGGUUUCCGAUAGAUUGAGAGACGGCAGCGUCAUCGACCCUUUUUUUCCUUCUUCUCUACUUCACUUUUCGCAGAUGAUAUCAUGGCUUUUAUUUUAUCUAGUCGAUUAUAUCGGAUAUUUGCGAACUGUUGCUGCUUUUUGCACAGUUUUGCUCGUGGACGGUUAAUGUUAGUGCUUUGUUUUUCUUGGCGACAUGGGUGUGGCGUUGGGGGUUUUGCAUUUGCAUAGGUGGGGGUUGAGAUGAAGUGGGUGGAUAUUCGAUAUGGGAAUUGGAUGUUUGGGUGGGAGGGAGAUGAUGGAUAUCAAAAUUUCUACUUGUUACAUGAUUGAAUUCUGUGUUUUGCUUGUGCCUGUGAUUUGCUGAUUUGGUGGAUGUAAGGGCUUGAGGGUAGCUAUAUACGCUCAGUGGAAUUGCCUGAAGUACAUCAGCCUGAGGCUAUCUAUCAUCCAUGCCUUGCUAC